GAACUUCAAGCACUUUUAAUGAACCAACUAACAGUAAAGGGUUUAAAAAAGCUUGGUCAGUCCAUAGAGUCUUCCUACUCCAGUAUACAAAAAUUAGUCAUAAGUCACUUGCAGAGUGGUUCUGAGGCACUGUUGUACCAUUUGAGUGAAUUGAAAGGAAUGGCAUCAUGGAAACAAAAAUAUGAGUCUCUUGGAUUGGAUGCAGCAGGAAGUGAAGAUGCUAUUACAGCAGUGGGCUCCUUCAUCUUGAAAGCAAAUGAGCUUCUUCAGUAAGUAUUUAUUUGGAGAGUUGCAACAUAAUUUUAUUUUCAAAUAUAAGAAUGUAAUGCGUAGCUAAACUGAAUGUUAGAAAAAUCUUCAGCGUCAUUUUAUGUAUAAGAAGAAUCCACUGCAGCAACUGUACUAUCAUCUUCUUUUAGUGUUGCCAGGUGUCGGUUUUUUGCCCGGA